AUGUUUUCCCUGGCUUCUUGCCUAAGAAAAACGGCAUCCUAUCAGGGCGAGGAGGCGACAGAGGUGGACCAAUUCGUUCCGGAAGACACGAACGAAGCGAACGAAGUGGCCGAGCUGCCACGUGUGCCAUGUCACAUCUUCCUGCCGGUGGUGCCGGCAGCACGGGUUAUUGGGAAAGGAGGGGCCAGUAUCAAGGCCAUUCGUGAGCAAAGUGGUGCCAGCCUUCGGGUCCUUCAGAAGGAACUGCCACAGGAGAUGCAGCGCCGUGAAGACCGAGUUGCAGUGAUCACCGGAGAAGCACACCAGGUCCAGGAGGCCAUUGCGGGUGUCUUGGAGCGUGUCUUUGACCGCUCUGGUUUGCCCGAGACGGCGGAGGGGUCCCUGCGAGAAAGGGAUUACAUCGUGGAGGUCUUGGUCCCUGAGAAGAGCGGCUCGCAUCUCAUCGGCCAAAAGGGCGAGCGCGUGAAACUGCUGUGCCAGGAGACAAAAUGCGACAUCCGGGUUGGCCAGGACCGUGUUUCGGGUUUGGGCGAGCAGAAGAAGGUCCGCAUCAGUGGCAGCUCUGCGGCGGACGCCGCGGGCGCCAUUUGGAGGCUGAUGGAAGUCUUGGGCGAGCUGGUGGCAGGUGGUGUCCUGAAGUCUGAUCACUUUGAUCUCAGAAGCGGAUCCCUGGCAUUCCCGCAGCGAAGGGAUCAGAAAGAGGUGGCCAUCCGCUUGUUAAUUGCCAAAGAAGAGGCUGCCUGGAUCCUCGGGAAGCGAGGCAACAAGAUCGCUCGCCUCAGAGAUUGGGCGAAGGUGAACAUGAUCGACGCCGAGAGUCCACCCUUCGACGAGAGUGAGCGCGUAGUGGAGAUCUCCACCGCGCAGUUGGACUCGCGAGUGAAAGUGGUGCAAAUGGUUCUGGAAGAUUUGGAGUCAAGACAGGAGGCGUCUGAGAAGCUUCGUUUGCUGGUCCCCACGGAUCACUUUGGCUCGGUCAUGGGCCAUCGGGGCGAAACAUUGCGCAGCAUCAUCCAGAGCAGUAGGGCCUCGGUGCCGUGGUUAAACUCGCUGCGGGAACGCAUGGCAUGUGCGGUCCGUGGACAAGGCCACUUCGCAAACGGUGCCCCGUUGACGCACAACAAGAUGCGUCAGCCUCUUCCAGUUCUGGCUGAGGAUGCGAUGUUUCCAUUGCUUCCCCCAGAGCCGCGUUUCGCCUGGGAUCCUGUGGAGACUCGGACGGCAGACGACGCCAUCGAGGAUCUCUUGUUGGUGUUGGCCCGCGCCGGACUGACGCCCUUGGCGGUUCAUUGUGUGCAGACCUUCGAGGGUCCGUUUCGUUUAUCUCAAGCUUUGCGCUUGGUUUUCGGGCUUGCGGUGUCUGUCCGAGAGGAGCAAUGGAAGCCUGGUGCUUCAAAGUGGCUCCCCUCGUCGAUUGCGCGCCGCUCCCGACAGUCGCUUCCAGGGCUUCCACGCGGGAACGUGGUAAAGUCAGUGAACAAGGUCAGCCCGUUCGCUUCCUGCCAAGAGGAGGAGACUGCGUAUGCCGGGUAUGCCGGGUAUGCCGACUCCGACUCCCUUUUUGAAUUGGAUAGGUGGGUGGACAGGAACUUCAAUUCUUCAAGGCAUGGUUUCUUGGCCCGGGGCAAGGGUGAAGUAUUUUCCGAGGACUGCCGUUCCUUCACAAAGAAGCAGAGGGGUCACAGAUUGUCCCUGGUGUCAGAGAAUCAAGUUCACCUCCAAGGCAGCGAGAGAUAUAUCAUCGCUUUCACGGCCGGCGAAUUGAGCCGCGCAGAUGGUGUCGGGAUCAUUUUCUCUCUCAGAUUGCCUCGGAGCUCCGACAUUCAGAAGAUCAUCUCUGUGUUCUUAAACCGCACGGGACGCAUUUGCAGUCGGAUCAAUCAACGUGUUACACGGAUAGCUUCUUCGUUACCUCAAAUUGAAGUUGGAGACAUUCUUGAGGUGGUGAAUAAUCUCGAUAUGAACUCCUUGAAGUUCACCGUCUGGACGAAAGCUGGUCAUGAAUUCACGGCCUCCAUAAGCUACUCUGAGGUGGCCAUUGCCAUGGGCUUUGAAGGAAGACCCGUGCCUGGUCACCUUGCGGUGGUGGUGAAAAAUCCUGGUGUCUCGGUGUCGCUGUUCAGUUGA